CAUGCUCUGUACACCUCUUUCUUUCUCGCUCUGAUUUGCCUCACCAGGUCUAUCACUCUCUCUGUUUCUCUCUCUCCUCUCUCCUCUCCUCUUCUCGGGUAUGGUGAGGAUGACUCUGGGAGCUCUGGCACUGUUUGUAGCUGUGUGUGGAGUGUCCAGUUUUGUGUUGCUGGGGGUGGCUAUAGGGACAGACUACUGGUACCUGAUAGAUGUCGCUCAGAGGGAAAACAUCUCCAACCUCUCUCUCAACUCACACUCAGGACUCUGGAGGACCUGCAACUCCCAGAAGCUCUGUCAGCCAUUCGUCAACCCGUUUGAAGGCGGACAAAACCUCACAGACUCUUACAGACAACUUUUAAAUAUGCACGGGACAUUCAUGGUGUUGCUUCCUCUCAGCAUGAUCAUCAUGGUUGUCGGGGGACUGAUGGGGUUCAUCGGCCUGCUGGCCAGAGCUUACCUACUACUGCUGAUGACUGGUGUACUAUUACUACUGGGAGCUCUGUCCUCACUAACAGGGGUGAGUGUGUACAUGGCCUACUCUGCUGCAGUCUUCCAGGAGGCUCUGUGUCUGGCUGAGCAGAUGGGGGUCAAUAUGGAGGGGGUCCAGAUCCUGUUUGGCUGGUCUCUGGUCCUGUCCUGGAUCUCUAGUGGAACACAGCUAUUCACCUCCGCUGGAUUCCUGCUGGCCUGCAGAACCAUCACUACACAGAGACAGGAACUGAAAUUAUGAGACAUGGAGGGAGGGGGAGAGAGAGGAUGAGAGAGAGGGAGGAGGCUUCCUGCUGGCCUGCAGAACCAUCACUACACAGAGACAGGAACUGAAAUUAUGAGACAUGGAGGGAGGGGGAGAGAGAGGAGGAGAGAGAGGGAGGAGGAGAGAGAGGGAGGAGGCUUCCUGCUGGCCUGCAGAACCAUCACUACACAGAGACAGGAACUGAACUUAUGAGACAUGGAGGGAGGGGGAGAGAGAGGAGGAGAGAGAGGGAGGAGGAGAGAGAGGGAGGAGGCUUCCUGCUGGCCUGCAGAACCAUCACUACACAGAGACAGGAACUGAACUUAUGAGACAUGGAGGGAGGGGGAGAGAGAGGAGGAGAGAGAGGGAGGAGGAGAGAGAGGGAGGAGGAGAGAGAGGGAGGAGGCUUCCUGCUGGCCUGCAGAACCAUCACUACACAGAGACAGGAACUGAAAUUAUGAGACAUGGAGGGAGGGGGAGAGAGAGGAGGAGAGAGAGGGAGGAGGAGAGAGAGGGAGGAGGCUUCCUGCUGGCCUGCAGAACCAUCACUACACAGAGACAGGAACUGAAAUUAUGAGACAUGGAGGGAGGGGGAGAGAGAGGAGGAGAGAGAGGGAGGAGGCUUCCUGCUGGUCUGCAGAACCAUCACUACACAGAGACAGGAACUGAACUUAUGCGACAUGGAGGGAGGGGGAGAGAGAGGGAGCGAGAGAAG